GCUAACCCCACACUCAAGCUCUUCCUUCACCAUUUGUCCUUCCUACAUAUAUGUUUAUGUCCAUUAAUAUCCAUUUAUGUCUUGAUGAAUAGGUUCAACUGAGAGUUGGAGAGAUGAAUUGUUCAAGCGAAAGAGAGAUUUCUGCAGUCUCAAGACAACAAACUAUUAUUAAUGGAACUGUGGAGGACCAAAAGAAGUCAGUGAGGUACAUGGAAUGCCUGAAGAACCAUGCAGCAUCAAUUGGAGGGAAUUCCACUGAUGGGUGUGGAGAGUUCAUGCCAAGUGGAGAGCAAGGCACCCUUGAAUCCCUCAUCUGCUCUGCCUGCAAUUGCCACAGGAAUUUUCACAGGAAAGUGACAGAAAAUGAGUCACCAUGUCCAUAUGGGUGCAGCAGCAGCAUAGUGCCCUGCAAAAGUGGGUCAAUCCCUUCGGAAUCUGAUGAGAAAGAUGAUCAAGACAUUGUGGGAAUUAGAAGGUCAGGUGGUGAUGAUCAUAGAGUGAUGAAGAAGAGGUUCAGGACCAAAUUCACAACAGAACAAAAGGAAAAGAUGUUGAAUUUUGCAGAGAAAGCUUGUUGGAGUGUGCAGAAGGUAGAUGAUUGUGCUCUGCAACAAUUCUGUCAAGAGAUUGGGAUCAAGAGGAGAGUCCUCAAAGUGUGGAUGCACAAUAAUAAACACAACUAUGCCAACAAAAAUUCUUAAGAACUAUAGUCUUCAAUUUUCUUUGUUCAUGAAUUUGCAGUUCAUGCUCUUUUUUUUUUUCUUUCAUUUUAUUUUUCACUAUGAUAUAUGGAUUUUUUUUCCACAUGUUAUCUUAAAUUCUUAGUGGCUAAAAACAUAAUUACUAGGAAAUGCAUUGAUUAUUUGAUAAUUAUAUGAGCAUAUGAGGAAUGAUUGUGAAGGAUUCAAUAACCCAGAUAGGAUUAUAACGGCAAGAUUGUGUGUCUUUCAUCUGUAUAAUUUCAAAACCUUCAAAAAUCUCUUGACAUAAAAUCAAUUUAAUUAUAGCUUAG